GUGCUUUAAGGCCGCCGCGGGGAGAACAGAAACCAAGUUCCCGGGCAACGAGCUGCAUCCUUCGGGCGGCGGGCCGGAGCCAGCGAGGCCCGAAAGGCUGCGGUGUGUGCCGACGCCCCGUGUCCAGUGCGACCUCGUUCCUCCUUCAGGAGGACCUCUUCCUCGGCCACCACCACCAAGUUCAAACUCGCUUUUCGGUCGACGCAAAGCCUAGGGAGGGUGUGAGGAGCAGCCUCGCCCCCCUCCCAGCGGCCGCCGUAACCCGCUUUUCGGCUCGGCUCUCCUACGCGUGCGCCCGGGCGCUGUGCCCCGGCAGGCGCCAGCCAUGUCGAUGCUGCCGUCGUUCGGUUUCACGCAGGAGCAAGUGGCGUGCGUGUGUGAGGUCCUGCAGCAGGGCGGGAACCUGGAGCGCCUGGGCAGGUUCCUGUGGUCGCUGCCUGCCUGCGACCACCUGCAUAAGAACGAGAGCGUGCUCAAGGCCAAGGCGGUUGUCGCCUUCCAUCGGGGCAACUUCCGCGAGCUCUACAAGAUCCUGGAGAGCCACCAGUUCUCGCCUCACAACCAUCCCAAGCUGCAGCAACUGUGGCUGAAAGCGCACUACGUGGAGGCCGAGAAGCUUCGCGGGCGACCCCUGGGCGCCGUGGGCAAAUAUCGGGUGCGCCGAAAAUUCCCCCUACCGCGCACCAUUUGGGACGGCGAGGAGACCAGCUACUGCUUCAAGGAGAAAUCGCGGGGCGUGCUGCGGGAGUGGUACGCGCACAACCCCUACCCCUCGCCGCGGGAGAAGCGGGAGCUGGCCGAGGCCACCGGCCUCACCACGACCCAGGUCAGCAACUGGUUUAAGAACCGGAGGCAAAGAGACCGGGCCGCCGAGGCCAAGGAAAGGGAGAACACUGAAAACAAUAACUCCUCCUCCAACAAGCAGAAUCAACUCUCUCCGCUGGAAGGGGGCAAGCCGCUCAUGUCCAGCUCAGAAGAGGAAUUCUCACCUCCCCAAAGUCCAGACCAGAACUCGGUCCUUCUGCUGCAGGGCAAUAUGGGCCACGCCAGGAGCUCAAACUAUUCUCUCCCAGGCCUAACGGCCUCGCAGCCCAGCCAUGGCCUGCAGGCCCACCAGCAUCAGCUCCAGGACUCUCUGCUGGGCCCUCUCACCUCCAGUCUGGUGGACUUGGGCUCCUAAAUGGGGAGGGACUGAGGCCUUGAAGGGAUGGCUGAAGCAGCAAACAAUCACAGCAACUAGGGACACUUGUAAAUAGAAAUCAGGAACAUUUUCACGGCUUGUUUCUGGGGUUCUUGGUUCUUUGCGCAAAAAAGAAUGGUGGACUUUCACAGAUACCUUUUUAAAAAUCAAAACCAACAGUGAUGUCAAGCAUAGUCUCCCUCUUCCAUUCUUCACUUUGCAUUUCACCUCUUGGUCCCAGAGGUCAGAAAAAAAAAAAUCCAACAAAUUUAAAUAGCACCCAGUUUUAGUUCUGGCCAACCCAUGUGCCCACUUCAAUAGUUUGUUCUUUCUUUUCUUUUUUCUUUGGUUCUUUUUUUUAAACAGGAAUUGCAAAUCAACUGAAUUUUAAUUAUUUCCCUUUAAUUUAUUUAUGGAAAAGUUUUAGGGGGAAGUGGAGUGAGAGAGAAAGACAAAGAUCAAAAUAGUGGAAAUGAGAGCCUCUAGCCUGGGAGUAACUGGUUGCUCUCUUAAGUUGAACAGGAAAAAAUAACCUUAUAACUUUUCUUUAUGGGAAAAAUUAAGUUUACAUUUUUCGUAAUUAGUGUUAAAUGGUUUUAUAUAGAUUAAAAUAAAAUAACAGUAUUAGGGGAAAAAACAAGUGCCUAAAUGUCUUAAUGCUCUCUAUGUGAGGCAGUUAGAAAUAGAAGUGACCAUUAGUAAUACAACUAUUUUUGUCAAAUUUGGUGGGGUUUUUUGGGUUGUUGUUUGUUUUCUUUUUUUUAAAAUGACAAGCUAAACAUGUACCAAUGUGGGAAAAAUUGCCAUUACUUCUCACACCUUCAAAGCUUUCAUAUCUGUAGCCUACUCCUAUUAAAAGGUUUUUUCUGUUCCUAGUUUCUAGCUUGCAAAAGUAUGCCAACAAAUCUGGCAACCUGGUAUUUGUUACUAAAAUAGCAUGUGUUUUCAGGCUUCUUUUCUAUUGUACCUAAACCAGUCUAAAUUAAAACUUAGUAGAACAUCAG